AUGAGCUCCUACGAGAGAAUGCAGGACGGAGACCCUGACCUGCUGGAAACCUCCUAUCUGCCUCUCUUUGAAGCACAGGUGCUGGGGCUCACCAACAGCCUGAGAGCCGAGCACGUGACAGAGGUCCUACUGACCCACACCCCAGCUCUGCUCUCAUCCUGGCUCCCUGUUCCCAUCCUGGCUCAUGCGGCCCCUGCCCAGGUGGCAACAGUAGUUCUAGGGGGAGACACCAUGGGCCCUGAACCCAUUGUCCUCAAUCAGACGGAGGAACUGGGGCCGCACCAGGGCCCUACAGAAGGCGGGGACUGGAGCAGCCAGGAGCCUGAGCAAGAACAAGAGGAAACCAGGGCAGGUCCCGCUCGCUCCUCCUACCAGCCCCUGAACCAAGAUCCCAAGCCAGAGGAGGCGGAGCUGGUACCAGUGGGGGAUGGAGAAGAUGCAGCUGCUGAUAUACAGGAUCGGAUCCACGCCCUGGGGUUUCCUUUGCCAGACCCACCAUUGGAGAGUGAGGAUGAAAAUGAGGAGGGAGCUACAGCAUUGAGUAACCAUGGACCCAUGGACCCAGGAUAUGCACAGCUGGCGAAAAGGCCAGCGGCUGGAGGAAGCCUGCCUGCACCCAGAGUUCCUGCCUGGGCUCGGGGGCUAUCAGAUGCCUGGUGGGAAGCCAUGGUACAGAAGGCUCUCCAAGCCCGGCAGGCGUCCCCUGCCUGGGAGCGACCAUCUCGAGAGCUGCCUCGCCUGCUCGCAUUCCAGGCUGGAACGAGCACAGAGCACAGGAACGAGCACAUCCCUGGCCAACCAGACUUCUUCUCAGAGACCCCCUUUAUUCAGUUCUGUACGCACGGGGACAUCGAUCCAAGCCCAACCCACUGUAGCAUGUAUCGCUUUGGAGAAUAA